CUGAACGACUGCAUGUAUGAUGGUGAUCAACUACACUGCCGGUAAAACAGCCCGCCAUUAAGCCAGCAAGCUCAUUUGUCCGCCUGAAUGUAUGCUUCGCUCGAUGGGCUAUAAAUACGCGCGCACAAUUACGGUCAUAAAUCAGUUUAAAAGGAAUUUUGAACGCGUGAGGUGCUAUAGUAAUAGAGACAGCUGCAAUAACAGCAAUAUGUACACAAUUUAACUUUAACUAAUUGCUCAAUUAAAAUUUACAUAAAAUAUUGUAAACAUUCAAGGAUUUAAAACCAUCUUUUCAAAAUAUUUUUUUUGUGCUCAUUCUUUUGAUUAUAACGAGAUUACGGGUGCCUGUUACGGAUGAGAUAAUGUUCACUAAUUGGUUAACUGGAACGACUGGCUCAAAUAGUGUCACUGGUAACGCCGGCACUCCAACGGCUAGGGGCAACGUUAGUAAUGGCAAUGCAGUUUCGGUAAAUGCAGAGUCUGCUAUGCUACCGGUUGGUACUGUCGCUGAGGCUGCUGCUGCUGCUGCCGCCGCUGCUGGAUCAGUGGCGUCUAGCAUUAUGUCCACGCCGCCUGAUGUAGUGCUCGAAGUAGGUCCCACCGGUCCGACCAGUGUACGCUUUGUAGCGCACAGUAUUGUGCUGGGCAUGCACAGCGGUUAUUUGCGCUCUGCCAUACGUCUGGAUGAGAAUGCGGCCGUUGUUGCCGCGGGCAAUGAGUUAGUGUUAUAUCUGGGCAAUGUGACCGCAGAGCAAUUCGGCCCAUUACUCACCUAUAUGUACACCGGGUACUUAGAUUUGAAUGUGGAAAAUAUAUUUGGUGUGCUAUUGGCAACACAUGUACUUCAUAUGCCACGUGCAUUAGAAAUUUGUCGUUCAUUUUUAGCACAAGCUCAAUCCGAAGGCUAUUUAGGUAGCAAUCCUCUGACCGCCCAGUUAUCAGGUGCUGCAAACUCAAGUUCAAAGGUCAUACGUCCCAUACCCAGUAAGGCUACUCUCCCGAAUUUCGGUUUUGUACCGCUACCCACGACACAUCAGCUUCAACAAUCACAAACCGCCAUAGCGCCCAAUAACAGCGAAAACUUCAAGCAGUUACCGCAGGUAUACGAAAACACCGCCGCACUGGUUAUACGCAAUCGUUGUGGUGGAACACUGCGUCCACCGAGCAGCAUAGAAAUCGAUAUUGACCGUACAUCGCCUAUUCAACAAGCGGAUGUCGACGACGAUGACGAAGACGUGGAAGUCUUCAUCGACAACAACACAGAGUCUGAUGCAGACGGUGAACUGGACUGUACUAUUUCAGUGAUUUCCCACUCUUCGCAGCGCGAUAGGAACACUACUGACAGUAAGCACGACCCACGCGACAACAAAGUGGAGCAUGAAAUUAUCUUAACUGUUGCUGAAGCGCCAGUUACGCUAGCUAAAGCGCGUUCCGAACGCGAUAAAGAAAUAGCGCGCAUAGCGCGUAACAAGUCAACUGCAUUGGUUAACGAGGUAAUAUCCGCACACAACACAUGCAAACGUGAUCGACGCAAGCAAACUCGUACACAUCACAAAGCGGGAGGCUCCCGCGCGUCAGGUCUACAAGUUGCCAAAGCGCCCAUACCAGCUUCACAACUAGAUAACAACGAAAGCUCCAAAGUUAUCAUUGAUGUCGCGAGCUGUGAUGGUCCGGUGCGUUUCAGACGCAUACUCAACACAGCAUAUGGCCACAAGCCAGAGAACUAUGCGGUAAUGCCAGAGCGAACUCAACAAAGCGUUUCUCUUUCAUUCCACCAACAAAUGGCAAAAGCAAUCAGUCAGCACAGAAAAUACGCCACGGCCCAUGAAGAAUCCGAAAAUAGUGAAUCCAUCGGCGGUGCUGGAAAUACUGCAAGUGUCGGUGGUAUUGGCAACGGGAAGCACAAUAAGAACGCUAACAACGAGAUUUAUGUCUGUGUCUAUUGUAAACACACAUUUAAAUCGCAAUAUUGCUACCAAAAGCACGCCAAGCGGCAUCUCAAUCCGCUCAGCCUCAAUUGUGCGGCAGCCGCUGCAUCGGCCACCAAUCUCGGAAUAACAACAGAUAUCGACGACAAAGCAACACCAUCAGCUAAAUCUGCAUCAAGUUCUGGUGCUGAAUACGAUUUAACUGGUGGCGCUGGUAUUCCAAUACCAAUUGCGGCAAACAAACAAGGCGCGUGCGAGUUGCUACGUCGCGAAGUGCGUCCGCUGGACAUGAAUGUGCAAUACUACCCAUGUAAGACAUGUGGCAGCAAGUUUCCCAGCUAUUACUUCGUCCACAAGCACCGGAAGAUGUGCCAUGCCGAAGAGGAGGCCGCAGCCGCGGCAGAGGCAGCGAGCAAACGCGAAAAUGGUAAUGGGAAUGGCGCUGCAGGAAACGGAGGUGAGAGUAAGCUUGAAAAAUCGACAGAAAACCCAAUGGACUAAUAUCAGCGCAUGCACAAAACUAUUUGAUUUUGAAAUUAUCUGCUGAUCAGAACCAAAAUUGGUUCUUUGCAGUAGUUUGUAAGACUAUAAUAAUUAAAAAAUAAAUGCUAAGCAAAGAUCUAAAAAAAAACUAAGGAAGGAACGAAAUUAAUCUGCAACUUAAUUAAUAUAAAAUGUAAAUAAACUUAAUCGAGCACAAAUUAAAUUUAAAAAAAAAUAAAAAUUUGUAGAAAAAGGCCCUUAAAAAUGGAAGAAAACGAACAAAGUAAUAAAACUUAAUGCACGAGGGUAUUACAAAA